AUCACAUGUCAGAUAUCCUUCCUCUAAUCCAGUCGCUGGCUGUCCAUUGAUCAGGAUACACCAGAGCUACUUGGUUAGAUACUUGGAUACUGAAUCCACGAAUAGCUAGACUCUCCGCUUCACACGCCAAGUUCCGGGGAAAGUCUACAUCGCGUCACGGUCUUACCUGAACCUUCAACGCAGAUAAAUGUUCUGCAUUAGAUUUUGACAUGUGAAAGGCCUUCAUGUCAUAUACCCUCUUCUGUCCACCUACAUACUGUAAGAAUCUGUACCGCUAAUCCAUCCUUUCUCUUUGGUUCUUCUCUUACUUCGCUUCCUUUUCACUCCUUGAUAUCCAACUCCGACCAUGUCACAACGAUUCUCUGAGGCCGACGUGGCCACACACAACAAGUCCGAUAGCUUGUACAUCGUCGUCGACCAAGACGUCUAUGACCUGACCACUUUCCAGAACGAGCAUCCCGGUGGAAAGAAGAUCUUGCAAAGAGUCGCCGGCAAAGAUGCCUCAAAGCAGUUCUGGAAAUACCACAAUGAGGGCAUCCUCAAGAAAUUCAAGCCGAAAUUGAUGGUGGGAUCGUUGGACAGCAAACCCGCACCGGAGGGCGCCGCACCAACCCCCGAGCCCGCCGCCGUGUCCGCCAAACCGGCCGAGCCCCUCCGCAAGAAGCCCAAGUCCGACGACGAGGAAGAUCCGGAGCCGAUGGACAUGUACGGCGACCUGGUUCCCUACGCCGACCCCAACUGGUACCAAUCCUACCACUCCCCAUACGUAAAUGAGACGCACGCAGCGUUGCGCGCCGAGGUGCGCGAAUGGGUCGAGGAGAAGAUCAUGCCUAACGUGACCGAAUGGGACGAGGCCAAGGAGGUCCCCCACGCGAUCUACAAGGAGAUGGGGACCCGCGGAUACCUCGCGGGGCUCAUGGGCGCCAUGUACCCGCGCGAUCUCGUCCAGAACACCAUCAAGUCGGUCCAUCCAGACGACUGGGACUUUUUCCACGAGAUGAUCAUCACCGACGAGCUGUCCCGCGCCGGCUCCGGCGGCCUGGUGUGGAACCUGAUCGGCGGGUUCGGCAUCGGCUGCCCGCCCGUCCUCAAAUACGGCCAGAAAGCGCUCGUCGACCGCAUCAUGCCGGGCAUCUUGAACGGCGACAAGCGCAUCUGCCUCGCCAUCACCGAGCCAGACGGUGGGUCGGACGUCGCCGGCCUGAACUGCGAGGCGAAGCUGAGCGAGGACGGGAAACACUACAUUGUCAACGGCGAGAAGAAGUGGAUCACCAACGGCAUCUGGUCCGACUACUUCACCACCGCGGUCCGCACGGGCAAGCCCGGCAUGAACGGCGUGUCGGUCCUGCUGAUCGAGCGAUCCGCCGGCGGUGUGUCGACGCGCAAGAUGGACUGCCAGGGUGUCUGGAGCAGCGGGACCACCUACAUCACCUUCGAAGACGUCAAGGUGCCCGUCGAGAACCUCAUCGGCAAGGAGAACCAGGGCUUCCGCGUCAUCAUGACCAACUUCAACCACGAGCGCAUGGGCAUCAUCAUCCAGUGCGUGCGCUUCUCGCGCGUCUGCUACGAGGAGUCGAUGAAGUACGCCCACAAGCGGAAGACCUUCGGCAAGAAGCUCAUCGAGCACCCAGUCAUCCGGCUCAAGCUCGCGCACAUGGCGCGCCAGAUCGAAGCCACCUACGCCUGGCUGGAGAACCUGACGUUCCAGUGCCAGCGGAUGGACGAGACGGAGGCCAUGCUAAAGCUCGGGGGCGCCAUCGCGAGCCUGAAGGCGCAGAGCACUACGACGUUUGAGUUCUGCGCCCGGGAGGCGAGCCAGAUUUUCGGGGGGUUGAGCUACAGCCGCGGCGGCCAGGGCGGCAAGGUCGAGCGGUUGUAUCGGGAUGUAAGGGCGUAUGCGAUCCCGGGCGGCAGCGAGGAGAUCAUGUUGGACCUGAGCAUCCGGCAGGCGUUGAAGGUGCAUCAGGCACUGGGGAUGAAAUUAUAGAUAGUGACGAGGGAUGAGCAUUCUGCAUUCUACAUGUUGUAUUUCUAGCCGGAAUAGAUGGGGAGGGUGCAUCAGGAGAUGCUGCGAUGCAUGGUUUGCCUACGUUCAUGUAUUCAUACGGGACCACAAUUAGACACGCAUUACUUCAGUUGAAACGUCGGAUCACUUGGUAUUUUGUUAAAUCACGGUCGACUCGGCCAGUGUCGGACUGAAGGGAUAGGAAGGAGACGAUCAAUCGCCGUCAACCGCUAAACUUCAGCAUUAUAAAACGCACAGAUGGUCGCUCCAGAUCGAAACCUAAGCAGGAUACAUUGCUCUCCAUAAUCCAGUACAACCACUAAGUGUUCCCCGAUUCCUAAUCCUCGGGUCAAAUCCAGCCCAUUGAAUUAUCAUCUCCCC